GGAAGUAGACUUAUCUAUCCCUACUCUAAUCAAUAAAAAUGAAAAAAUGACAGUGCCUGGUGUAGAAGCCUUAAGCUACACCUCUGAAAUUAAUGGAACAGAAGGUGAACAAGAUGAAGCUAAUGCUAGUGAGAAAUCCAGCGAAAAAGGAACUGCAUUGAACUCGAAGGAGAGAUAUAGGAAUGAAUGGAGUGGCCUCUUAAAAAGCUUAAGUACAAAUCCAGAGUACAUUCGCGAGCAGGCGUUUGACGGUGCAUUGCAAUAUUCAAAAUUUCGUAGCGUUUUCUGGUCAAUUCUCUUGAGAGUUUUGAGUGAGGAUCAUUUGUCAUGGGCACUUGAAAAGAAAAAACAGAGGCAAAGCUAUGAAAAGUUAGGAAAGGAGUUUGCCAAAAAUCCCCACCAAACAGGAGCAAAUUUAAUGCAAGUGGACGACGAUCCACUGUCACAAUCAUCAAAGAGUGUUUGGAACCAAUACUUCAGUGACCAAGAACUGUUUGCUACAAUACGACAGGAUGUGGUAAGGACAUUUCCUGGCGUAGAUUUUUUUCGGAAACCGGCAAUUCAAAAUAUUAUGAUCAAUAUACUUUUUUACUACGCCCGGGAUCAUCCAUACAUGUCUUAUCGGCAAGGAAUGCACGAAAUUCUAGCACCAAUUUUAUUCGUUAUGUACGGAGACCACCAGAGUUUUUUACAUUUUAAAGAAAUUGCUAAUUAUUCCGAUAUAGAUGACACACUGCUGGAAGUAAUGAAUCCUUUAUAUUUAGAAGCUGAUUCAUAUUUUAUAUUUUCUCGUGUUAUGGCAUCUAUAGAAUCCUAUUAUCGUGUUCGCGGCUCCAUGGUGUCUACAAGUGGCAACAGUGUGGCUCUCUCAGAUCCAGAUAAAGUACCAGCAUAUGCCUCAGAGGUGGAAGUAAUAACGCAACUAAACUUUAUUAGAGAUAAAAUCUUAGCCAAAGAAGAUUUGCACCUGCACAAUUAUUUAAUAAAGUUGGAUAUUCCGCUACAUAUUUUUGGAAUACGUUGGUUGAGACUGUUGUUUGGACGAGAAUUUGCUUUGUUAGAUCUCCUUGUCCUGUGGGAUGCCAUUUUUGCCGACAGCGACCAUUUUGAUUUACCAAACUACGUACUUGUUGCGAUGCUAAUAAGGAUACGUGAUAAACUGUUACUGAGCGACUAUACAACGUGUCUUACCUAUUUGAUGCGAUAUCCCCAAAAUGUAGACAUCAGCUUGAUCCUUCGGCAUGCUUUGCAUAUGAAAAUGCCAAAAAAGUACGACAGACCAUCUAAUGCGUUCAUAUAUUUCACCAUGCCGGGCAAUGUGCGCGAUCCUGCCGUUAAAGAUAAAAAAUGCUCACGUGGACCCCAACCGAGAGAAAAAAGUGCUUUGGAGAGACACGUAACAACGAUUCAGGAACGAAACGCUGUGGAAGAAGCACUAUUUGCAAGAAUAAAAUCAACUUCUGAAGGCAGCAAUAAUGUAGCCAUGGAUGGCUAUAAAGACAAUGUACAUAAUUCGACCAAAAAUUAUCAAGAACACUUUAAGAACACUGAAGUCAUGCGACUAGAGUUGAAAAACAUGCAAACGGUGGUAGCAGUGGCGCGUUCAAAGUUGCAGUCGUAUUUGGAAACAAUUCGAAAAAAUACGCCAAAACAAUCUACAAAAGAGAUGUUGGAUGCCAUAGAUGGCAUAGAAGAGCUGUGCCAUUUUUUGGAUGUGAAAAUUGAAUUUCCUUUGCGUACGCGACCAAACCACAUAGAUCAAGCUUUGGAGGCCAACGAGUUGCAGUAUCGCCGCAAGAGUGAAAAGACUGAACAAUCCAAUCUUACAACCAACCACGAUCUCAAAAAUAUACCUAUUGCUGACACAACACCAAACAUAUACGAACGACCCGAUAAUGGGAUGCAAUCUUCAAUACUUUUAGGAACCGAAAAGGAAUUUGAGUUGGUUCCAAUAGUGUCAGAAGCAAUAGACCCUAAGAACAAUGAUAACAAUUUAACCCGAGGUAAGGGUUUACCAAAAGCCGAUCCCCUUAGCCGGAAAAAUGAUUGAAAACUUUAAAGAAAAAAGCUGUGUUUAGAAUAAAAAUUAAAUAUAUAAAUAAUUUUUUCAAAGAAAAAAAUUGGACAAAGAUUUUAUUCAUAUAUUGUAAAUAUAUUUGAAAAAGAAUGAUAUUGGAACUGAUUUCAUUUGGUACAUAGCAGUCAUACUGAAAAAUGAUGUCAGUUCCAUUCUUAACAUAAAUCUUAUAUAAUGUUUCUUUCUGAUAUAUAUAUAUAAAUACGAUUUACGUUUAUACAACAACAUCGAACAGUGCUGGUCGCAACCGGACAUAAUGGAAUAUUUUACAGAAAAGAAAGUUUAGAUUUUAAUUACGUAACUUUUAACAAGUGUAUAAGGAUUGACGAAAGAACAUGAAUGAAAAGUUACAUUAGAACAACAUAUCAUAUAUAGUUUUGUUAAGAACAAUGCUGUUUGUUUGGCCUUUUCAUCGAAACUUACAUUGUGUAAGGUACCACUAUAGCUACUACUGCCAAACCUAUUGCAAGACAACGAAAGUAAUUUCGUCCAUAAAUAAUAACAAAAUCUUAAAGAAUAA